AUGCCAGCUACUAUCAACGGCUCAGACGAGCAUCAGCUCGUCGAUGAGUUCAUCAUUCUCACGCCGAAUGCCAUGCUCGGCUAUGGAUAUGACUCAGAUCACUUCUGGUAUGGUAUCGAGAAGUAUAAGCCUGCAGCAAUCAUUGUCGACAGCGGCUCUACAGAUGGCGGUCCCUAUAAGCUCGGCAUGAGCAAGAUGACCUGCGGACGAGGCUCGUAUGUUCGAGAUUUGGAGCCAAUACUCGAAGCAUGCUUUCACCACAAGAUCAAGGUCCUCAUUGGAUCCGCUGGCGGUGAUGGCAGCAACAAGCAUGUUGCUGAGAUGCUCGACUUGGUGACGGAGAUCGCGGAACGGAAAGGCUACUCAUUCAAGGUCGCCACGAUACAGGCCGGUAUGGACCGUGAGUGGAUUAAGUCGAGGAUAUCACAGAAUCGCGUUGGUCCUUGUGGUCCGGUCGAGCCCCUUCUUCCCGAGGUGGUGGACGGUGCUAUAGACGUUGUUGCUCAAAUGGGUUCUGAACCUUAUCUGGAGGCUUUGAAAGAGAACCCUGAUAUCAUCAUUGGAGGGCGGUCUUAUGACCCAGCCCCGUUUGCUGGUUUCUCGAUCGCCAGAGGAGUACUCCCAGAUGUAGCUUGGCAUAUGGGCAAGAUCAUGGAGUGCGGCGGCAUCUGCGCUGUCCCGAAAGGGCGGUCGAUGAUCGCAACGAUGAGAAGGGACUCCUUCGACCUUACUCCGCUGUCCCCGGCGGAGAGAUGCACUCCUCUCUCGGUCGCUGCGCACACCUUGUACGAAAAGACUCGCCCUGAUCGUCUCCCAGGACCUGGAGGCGUUCUAAACCUGGACGGGGCGAAGUACGAACAAGUUACCCCGAAGACUUGUCGAGUGUCCGGCGCCAAGUUCGAAACAACGCCUUAUCAGGUCAAGCUAGAGGGUGUCAGUCAUCUGGGAUACCGUACGAUCUUCAUUGGUGGCAUUCGAGACGCCAUUCUCAUCGACCAGAUCGACAACUUCCUCGAACGCGUCCGAGUGUACUCGCAGAAGCUAUUCCCGGGGCUGGACAAGUCUGAGCAAUGUCAACUUCUGUACCACGUAUACGGCAAAGACGGAGUGAUGGGACCCCUGGAGCCGGUUCAGGCAGGCCCACACGAGAUCGCCGUCCUCGGCGAAGUGGUUGCUCCGACCUCAGAGCUGUCUCACACCAUCGCCAACAACGUUCGCGCUUCCAUCUUGCACUUUGCGUAUCCCGAUCAAGUUGCGACGACGGGAAACUUUGCCAGCCCCCUUUCACCGCACGAGCAAGAUGCUGGAGCUGUCUUCAAGUUCAGCCUCUAUCACCUGGUGGACUUGGAUAACGGUGAAGAGGCCUCCAUCUUCCCGAUUCGCACUCAGACGAUUGGAUCGUCGCAAGCAUCUCCUGAGCCAGUCACUCACCUCUCUUCUGAUGUUUUCAGCAAGAUCGAUGACGGAGAGCUCACCCCCUUGACCUCGAAGUCUGUUCCCCAAGAAGAGGCGGCCUUGAGUCAAGUUGCACGCAUCAUCCGAUCAAAGAACUCCGGUCCAUUCGAGAUGACUUUCGAUGUCAUGUUUGACGACGAAUCAGUUUACAGGCGUGUCAGGGAGGCUAACGUCUUCACCAACGAGACCAUCAAGAAGCUCUACCGUGUCACGGACGACGAUAUCCUGACUAAUAUGUACUUCGACCCUGCCCUCGCCUGGAAAUGUACCAUCAAACGGCCAUGGGCUCAAGGCAGCGUCGGCGAGCGCGACACUCUUGGAACACAGCAACAUGCACCACUACUUGGAAUUCGCAUACCUGCGGCGAAGGCUACCGUUCAGUCCAAGCCUAACGGCGUCGCUGUGGCUUCCAGCAAAGUCAUACCCCGUGAAGGCUUUUCAGCUCAGGAUGUUGUCCAGGAGAUAUGGAAGGGGCUUAAGCUCCCUGCGGAAGCCCUCAGCGCGCUCAAUCUUGAGAAUGACGGCGGACCAACCCUGCCCUCGUCCUUCAAAAUUGGUGUCCUUGCUCAGAGUUCCAUCGCCUCGUCUGCACUUGCAGCAGCUCAGAUCCACGCCUUGCGUAACGAAUCUUCUGUGCCUGCCGUCGAUGUUCCCCUCGAACACGCAACCGUUGAGUUCAAGUCCGAAAGACUCUACAUCCUCGAUGGGAAGCCAACCCCUUCCCCCUGGGGCCCCAUUGGAGGUCUGCACAAGACAUCUGACGGGCAUGUUCGAGUCCAUGACUCGUUUCCGAAUCACCGGGAUGGCAUCCUCGAUCUUGUUGGCUUACCUCAUAGCUCAACCAGAGAACAAUUGUCGGAGAAGCUGUCGGAAUGGGCCAGUAUUGAUGUCGAAACUGCUGCAACGGUCGAUGGCAAGCUAGCGACGUAUGCCUUGAGAUCGUAUCGACAAUGGGAUGCCCUUCCUCAGUCCAGAGCCAUCAGCAAUUUCCCCAUCGACGCCACUCAACUAUCUCCCGAAGGGCCCGCCGGCUUACCUGCAAGAAUGAGAAGCGGCAACACGAAGUGUCUCCAAGGCCUCCGGGUAGUCGAGAUGAGCCGUGUCAUAGCCGCUCCCCUAUGCGGAAAGACGCUCGCGGCGCAUGGCGCGGACGUAAUCUGGGUCACCUCACCAAACUUGCCUGAUCUUCCGACCAUGGAUCGGGACUUUGGCCGUGGCAAGCGGACAGUUCAGCUCGAUGUCCACAACCCCUCUGACAAGGAGAGAUUGAUCGAGCUGAUCAAGACAGCGGACGUCUUUAUUCAGGGCUUCCGUCCUGGCAGUCUUGCCAGCCACGGCUUGUCACCUGAGGAGAUAGUCAAGAUAAACCCCUCCAUCAUCGUCGCCAACAUGUCGGCAUUUGGGCCACAAGGACCUUGGUCUGGUAGGAGAGGCUAUGAUUCGCUUGUGCAGACCUGCUCGGGGAUGAACGUCUCCGAGGCGGAGCACACUGGAAAAGGGGAGGCAGCGCGUCCAACGCCAUGCCAGGCACUUGAUCACGCCGGCGGAUACUGGCUCGCGACUGGUGUAAUUGCUGCUCUGUACAAGCGAGCAACUCUGGGGGGCUCUUGGCGCGUAGACGUCUCUUUGGCAGGUGUAAUGAAAUACUUGCGGAGCUUAGGACAAUAUCCUGGCGCGACAGGCUUCGAGGUCAAGGACUACGAAAAGCCAGAGGAUGUUCGGAAUGAGCUUUUCGAGACGAGGGAGACGGGUUUCGGCUCCAUGACGGCCAUCAGACACAGCGCACGUGUUGAUGGGGUCGAAGUCGGCUGGGACGUGAUGCCGAAGCCUUUGGGUUCUGAUUCCCCUGAAUGGAUUCAUUAA